AUGUUUUACGCGCGCAGUCCCCGGAACGUGACGGUUGCCCAAGCCGCAGAAUUGCGAGCGCUCCUGCCGGAAACUGUCCAGCCGGUCGCCAUUAUGGUGAACCCAGACGACGCGCUAGUGGAUGAGAUCACCCAAACUGUGAAACCGGACCUUUUGCAGCUUCACGGGAGCGAGACCCCGGAACGGGUUGCAGCCGUCAAAGCCCGUACCGGUCUUCCGGUCAUGAAAGUCAUUUCGGUCGCCGACGCGGCUGACGUGGCGGCAGCCAAUAUUUACGAAAAAGUGGCUGAUUUGUUGCUGUUUGAUGCCAAACCACCUAAAUCUAUGGCGAAUGCGCUGCCCGGUGGUAACGCGGUCUCGUUCGACUGGUCGUUGAUUGCGGACGCAGAACCACAGCUUCCCUGGAUGCUGUCCGGCGGGCUCACACCUGACAAUGUGGCCGACGCACUUGCCCAGACUGGGGCGCGCAUGGUGGAUGUAUCGUCCGGCGUCGAAGACGCGCCGGGCCGGAAGAAUGAAGCGCUGAUCCGCGCAUUUGAACUUAACUCCUAUCGGACGGGGCCCGACGAGAAUGGCCAUUUCGGAAUUUUCGGCGGACGCUUUGUUGCCGAAACUUUGAUGCCGCUCAUUCUCGACCUGGAACAGAACUACAAAUCUGCGCAGCAAGACCCCGCCUUCUAUGCAGAGCUUGAUGAUCUGGCCAAGCACUAUACCGGCCGUCCAAGCCCGCUCUAUUUUGCAGAGCGGCUUACCGAACAUUGCGGCGGCGCGAAAAUCUAUUUCAAACGCGAUGAGCUGAACCAUACGGGCAGCCACAAGAUCAAUAACUGUCUGGGACAAAUCCAGCUCGCCCGCCGCAUGGGCAAAACCCGUAUCAUUGCCGAGACGGGCGCAGGUCAACAUGGGGUCGCGACCGCAACGGUUGCCGCGCGCUUCGGUCUGCCCUGUGUUGUCUAUAUGGGUGCCAAAGACAUUGAACGUCAGGCACCCAACGUGUUCCGCAUGAAGCUGCUGGGUGCGGAAGUUGUCCCGGUGACAUCAGGCGCUGGCACGCUCAAAGAUGCCAUGAAUGAAGCGCUGCGCGACUGGGUCACCAAUGUUGACGAGACCUUCUACAUUAUCGGCACCGCUGCUGGGCCUCAUCCCUAUCCACAAUUGGUCCGUGAUUUUCAAUCUGUGAUUGGGCGCGAGACCAAAGAACAGAUGCAGGAGCGCGAAGGGCGUUUGCCCGAUAGUCUGGUUGCCUGUAUUGGCGGCGGCUCCAAUGCGAUCGGCCUCUUCCAUCCCUUCCUUGACGAUAAGAGUGUCGACAUAAUCGGUGUUGAAGCCGGUGGUCACGGCCUCGAAACAGGCGAGCAUUCAGCGUCUCUUGCCGGUGGGGCACCGGGUGUUUUGCACGGUAACCGGACGUACCUGCUACAGGAUGAUGAUGGGCAGAUCGAAGAAGGUCAUUCGAUCUCUGCGGGCCUCGACUAUCCAGGCAUCGGGCCGGAACAUGCGUGGCUUAAAGAAACAGGACGCGUUCAAUAUGUGAACGCAACGGACAAACAGGCGCUCGACGCCUUCCAGCUCUGCACAAAACUUGAAGGCAUCAUUCCCGCACUUGAGCCCUCCCAUGCGCUCGCCUAUGUGCUGAAAAUUGCGCCGGAUCUUCCUAGCGAUCAUUUGAUGGUGAUGAAUAUGUGCGGUCGUGGGGACAAAGACGUCUUCUCCGUCGCAGAGCAUCUCGGGGUGAAACUCACAUGUGACCCGGACUUUGAGACAUCGCUCAGCAUCCUCAAAGGUCUUCCCGGUACGGGAACUGAUAUCAUAGAGAUAGGCAUGCCCUUCACCGAUCCGAUGGCGGAGGGCCCGCCCAUCCAGGCCUCUUACCUGCGCGCGCUUGAGGCGGGCCAGACGAUGCACAAAACGCUCGACCUGGUACGCCAGUUCCGUGCGGGGGACGACACGACACCGAUCGUUUUGAUGGGCUACUACAACCCGGUUUAUCAUUACGGGGUGGAGAAGUUCCUGUCGGACGCCAAGACGGCGGGUGUAGACGGCUUCAUCGUCGUAGACCUGCCUGCAGAAGAAGACGAAGAAAUGUGCCUGCCUGCACUUGAAGCUGGUCUCAAUUUCAUCCGUCUCGCGACACCGACCACAGAUGAACACCGGCUUCCCGCUGUCCUUAAGAAUACCAGUGGCUUUGUUUACUACGUGUCGGUCAAAGGUAUUACUGGCGCGGCAGCAGCAAAUACAACGGAUGUGUCUGCUGCGGUUGCCCGGAUCAAAGCAGAAACUGAUCUGCCGGUGGCGGUUGGGUUCGGUAUCAAAACGCCGCAAAAUGUUGCCGCAAUUGCCGCCCAUGCUGAUGGCGCUGUCGUUGGCUCUGCCAUCGUCGAUUGCGUUAAGGAGAAGCCCAUGAACUGGAUUAACAGUGUUGUUCGACCAAAGAUCCAGAACGUUUUUAAGAAGCGCGACACACCAGACAAUCUCUGGCGGAAGUGUGGGUCCUGUGGCGAGAUGGUGUUUCAUCGUGACCUGGUUGCCGCGUUCAAUGUCUGUCCCAAUUGCGAUCAUCACAUCAAGCUGCCGAGCGAUGAGCGUCUCAAACUUCUUUUCGAUCGUGGAGAGUAUGAAACGAUCUCCGUGCCGUCUGUGCCGUCAGAUCCACUCAAGUUUCGGGACCAGAAGAAAUAUACAGACCGCCUAAAAGAUGCGCGCUCCAAGACCGGCAAAGAAGAUGCUGUGACCGGUGCCGUCGGUCGCCUUGAUGGCAGCGAAGUUGUUGUUGCCGUGCAGGACUUUGCCUUCAUGGGCGGAUCGCUUGGUAUGGGCGCAGGCGAAGCGAUUGUUAAAUCCAUUGAAGUCGCGCUCGACAAAAAAUGUGCCUUCAUCAUGGUUGCCGCCUCUGGCGGCGCACGCAUGCAGGAAGGCAUUCUGUCGCUCAUGCAAAUGUCGCGGGUCACUGUUGGCGUGCAACGUCUGCGUGAUGCGGGCUUGCCCUUCCUUGUUGUUCUCACCGACCCAACCACAGGUGGCGUGAUGGCGUCUUAUGCCAUGCUCGGCGAUGUGCACAUUGCCGAACCCAAGGCACUUUUGGGCUUCUCUGGUCCACGGGUUAUCGAGCAAACAAUUCGUGAGAAACUGCCUGAAGGAUUUCAGCGCGCGGAAUAUCUGCUUGAACAUGGCAUGGUCGACAUGGUGGUCCACCGUCACAAGCUGAAAGAAACGCUGGGACGUCUUGUUCGCCUGAUGAUGCAUCAGCCAAAGGCACCACAGUCCGACUAUCAGCUGCCUGCGGCCCCCACAGCGCCCCAAGCUGCUGGCACGAAUGGGAAGGGCUCGACAUCGGCCUUUCUGCAAUCCAUGCUUGAAGCGGCUGGUCUUACGGUCCACCGAUAUUCUUCGCCCCAUCUUGUGAAUUUCCACGAACGCAUUGUGCUUGGCGGCAAAAGCAUCCCGGAAGACGCGCUCGCCGACAUUCUUGAGGAAUGCGAACGGGUGAAUGAUGGUGCGAACAUCACCUAUUUCGAGAUCACCACAGUUGCCGCCCUGCUUGCCUUUUCCCGCGCCCCCGCCGACGCCCUUCUUCUGGAAGUCGGCCUGGGCGGACGCUAUGACGCGACCAACGUGUUUGAGAAACCGGCAAUCACCCUCAUCACCCAUAUUGGCUAUGACCAUCAGCAUUUCCUGGGCGAAACGCUGAACGAAAUUGCAGGUGAGAAGGCCGGUAUUUUGAAGCGGGACGUGCCCGCCAUCAUCGCGCCGCAGGCGGAUGAGGUAUUUGACCGUAUCGAACGGGAAGCGGCGCUCGUCAGCGCGCCGCUCUUUGUGGGUGGGCAGGACUGGACGGCCUAUGAAGAACAGGGCCGUCUUGUCUACCAGGACACAGAUGGCCUUUUGGACCUUCCUCUUCCCGGCCUUGUUGGCGCGCACCAGAUCGAAAAUGCCAGCAUGGCCAUCGCGGCGCUUCGGCAGGCGCCGGGCUUCUCCAUUGACGAUGAAGCCAUUGCGCUGGGGCUGGCGUCCGUCUCCUGGCCUGCCCGCAUGCAACGGUUGAAACAGGGCCCGCUGGUUACGGCAGCCGGGGAAGGUGCCGAAGUCUGGCUUGAUGGCUGUCACAAUCCAUCGGGCGGUCGCGUUGCUGCCGCCACGAUGGCGGAUCUCGAUGACAAGCUGCCACGCUCGCUCUAUCUCAUCUGCGCCAUGCAGAAUACGAAGGACGCCAGCGCCUUCUUUGCAAAUUUCGGUGGGCUGGCGCGUCAGGUCUUCACUGUCACGGCGCCCGGCGCAGAUGCAGCCAUCCCUGCGGCCGAGCUGGCCGAUAUGGCGAAAGCAGGCGGGCUAGAAGCACAGCCGAUGGAGAGCCUUGAGGCUGCCGUCGGUCGCGCGGUGGGACAUGCAGAUGCAGAGACCGGUGAGCCACCGCGCAUUCUCAUUUGCGGCACGCUUUACCUCGCGGGGCACGUCCUAAGGGAUCACUCCUGA